CAAAUGACAGUGAAAGAAUAAAUAAGAAUUGUAAAGAAAUAAACUGAGUAAUACAUGCGAGAAGAAAUAAAUAGCUCUAGUAAAACAAUGUUGUAUCAACAGAAUUAAAAAGCAAUUUGUAACGUCCUUGAGUGUAGUGAAUGUGUGCACAGAAUGAAAAUAAAUCCAAAAAUUUCAGUACCUUAUUGGGCUAUUUUGCUCAUGAACGCGUGUAGUUUAUGUGAAUGCUAUAAAAACAUAAUCCUAAAAGAUUAUCUAUGCGCGGACAAAUUUUUAUUAGAUAUACAGAGAUCCCUUCAUGUUCAUCCCGCAUUUACUCUGACUGAGGAUCGAGAUUCUGCAGCCAUCAUAACCCAGAUGUGGAAUACAACGUUACCUGGCUAUUACUCGUCUAACAAGUUAAAAUACGAUUGUUAUUUUCGCGUACAAACUCCUCAUCGACCGCCUCGCGGAAUUUACACUGUCAUCACACGUCUUAAAUUUCGACGUGAUCCUGUCAAUAAUGCUUGCAUAGAUUAUAUUCAAUUUGUUGGUGGUAAUCGUCCAGCAUCUGAAAAGAUAUGCAACGAAAUAGCAAUAGACGGGCCGGGUCGGUUAAUAUUCGAUGAACGUAAUCGUGAAGUUAAUAUUCACAUUUACAUCGAUAAGCGAGUUUCGAUAAAGGAACCACUCGAAUUGCGAAUGGUGAUGACAGCGCACUCUGAAUGUAAAUACACUGGAGAUUUUCUCUGUGAUCCGAAAGACCAGUACUCGUGUAUUUCCCGUCAUUUUGUGCGUGAUAAUAUAACGAAUUGUAUGUAUCCAUGUCGAGAUGAAAUAUCAUGCUUUCACGAUGUACCUACUUCAGUGGAAGCUGACACCACCUAUGUAGCACUUUCAGCACUAACUUCGCUAAUUUUUACAAUGUUGGGUGUUGGUUUCUGCAUAUGGGUCUGUUGGAAGUAUUGGAAUUGCAUAACCGUGCAACAGCAUGCACACGAAGCUUCGGCGGCUGCUCAUCGUAGAGGGCAAACGGAAACCCCUGUAGUUCAGAUACCAAACGCACCGUCUUUUAGCGGUGCUAUUACGUCGAGUAUUGGAUAUGAACAAGAUAAUCGACAUCAUCAACCACAAUCACCAAAAGAUUUACCGCCAAGCUAUGAAUCAUUAUUUCCAGAAAGAUAAGCGGUAGUGUGGCGUUGUAGUCAAUUUAUUUAAAAAUGUUACUGCUAGACGCAAUCCAAACUAUUAUCUACAUGUUUAAGGAAUCUCUUUUACAAUUCAAUCAAAUGUGGGUGAUCCAGUUUUGUGAAUUAAUUAACAUUGAAGUGUCAAACUUGUGCCACCAGAUUUUUGUAUUAUAAUUUUGUUUUUGUUCUUUUUUGUUUUUGUGAUGUAAUAUGUCGAUCAAAUGAAUGUCUAGAGUGCCAUCGAUGUACAGUUAAAAAUGUACAACUCUGCAUUUAGUACUGUUAUUAUUUGACAAUUUACCAACUCGAAUAAGAUGUAUGUACGUAUCUGUUGAAAAUUGUAACUGCCUUCAAAAUAUGACCAUUCAAUUAUAAAAUGUUAAAAAUCACUGUCAACCAACACAAAGUCAAUAUGUUAUACAAAUACAUGUAAGAUACUUAUUUAUAUAAAGUCGUAAUAUAUGUAUCUUCAUCACAACUAUGUAAUACAAUAAUACAAAAUACGUAACAUCAGUAUUUGCGGCACCGUUUGGUGUAAAUUAAAUGUUGAAUAAGUAUCAUAAAACGUUCGAAUAUGAAGAUGAAAAUUUUGAAAUGUAUACAAAUAUUCUCACUGUCUUUAAAACACCAUUUUCAUUUAUAUUGGUAUAUACAUACUUGUAAAUAUGACUGUAAACGAAAUGCAAAUUAUAGCCAGUUAGUAAAGCAGCCAAAUGUUGAAAAAAUGUAAAAAGUAAAUCUUAUUCCCAAGUUAAAAAAUCAACUACACCAUAAAUACUAAUUUUUCUUUCAAAAAGUUUUUUUUUUUUGAUUCACCCCUACAUUAAAUUUUUUAUAUUUUUUAAUUUUAAGUAAAUGUCGAAAAUUUUGUGUUUACUUACAGACUAUAUUUAUUGUUUUUUUACUAUUUCUCAUUUUAUAUUCUUUGUCUAAGUCUAUAAAGUUUCUAGCUGUCUAAAUGCACACGAAUUUUAAAAUAUAUUUAAUUUAUGUAUGUUCUAUUCGCUAAUUGUUUAAUAUAUUUCCUACUAAUAUAAGAAAACCUUAUUGGUAAUAAAUUAAUUGUAAUAAUGUGUAGUUGAAAUUUUGUCACAUGGUUAGUGUGAAUUUACCUUGUAUUACAAUUUAUUUUAUAUUGAGUGUAAGAAGAAAAACUACAUAUGUAGGUAAUAAAAAUUAGAAAGACAAAAUCAAUAAAUAUAGCAGUUUGGAAGUAA